AUGGCAUUUAAAACAUUCUGUGCGCAAAUUUGUUCUCAAAAUUCAAAUUGCUUUUCAUUUUUCUUCAAUAUCCAGACAUAUGCUUGUGAUCUUCAUUAUACAGUGUAUACAGACGCAACGCCUUCAACAACUUCGGUUGCGACGAGGUAUUACAUCAGUCAAGAAAGAGAAAUAACAACAACGACCAUACCGACGACUACCACUGCUGUUCCGACUACUACCACCACUGUUCCGACUACUACAACCUUACCAACGACAACCUUACCAACGACUACAGUUGUUCCGUGUCCUGGAACGUAUGUGAAUGAAGGAGACUUUUGUUUUCAGAUAUUUAACACGGCCAAAUCGUGGAAUGCAGCUCGUCUUGUAUGCCAAAGUGAAACAAAUGGGGAUUUAUUAGUUAUCGACACUAUGAGCAAACAACAGUUCUUCAAUACGUAUAUGAAAAAUAAUGGCUAUAUGAAUUCGUAUCAUUUUGGUAUUCACCACAUUUAUACCAAUGGAAACUUUGUCCUCGUAGAUGGCAGAAAUCAAGCUACCUCAAGUUUUACUUAUUGGGCUAGUGGUGAACCGAAUAAUUUGGAUGGACCAGACCUUUGUGGUUUUCUCCAGUGGAAAGCGUCUAAUACACAAUUACGCUGGAAUGACGGGUCCUGUUCCUAUGCGGACAAAUAUGUAUGUGAAGUGAAAACUGGAUGA